AUGAGCACAGAAGACGUCAAUGACUACUUUACCAACCUGGUUUCCUCCUUAGAGUCGGACCUCGCCCAACCACCACUGGCCGGAGAUGCCUUAGUAGAGUUCUCGAACGAUGAUAUCACGAAAUUUCGCACAUAUGCUCUGCAGCUGUCCGCUUUCCUCAUACUCGACGUCAGCGUUUGGGAGGACGAUUCUUUCAAGCUUGCUAAAAUCGCGCUCAAAUACUUGCACCGCACUGCUGGGAGAAUCCCUGCCGUCCUGCAGAAAGAAGACGACGCUGAACCCCUCCAUCUUUUGGUCUUUGUCCGUCUCGUGACAUUCUCGGUCCAUAUAUUCAACUGGAGCUAUUCCUCAGCACAAGAAGAACGACAGGAUGCUGCUCGAAACCUAGGAGAAGUUGCGGUGGGGAUCGCAGCUCAUGUCCUGUGCACCUUGCCAGGCAGCAUGUCGCGUCGAGCUAUGGAAAUGGGGUUGGAGUGGUCAGAACUGAGAAGAUGUUUGAGUCUUUGUGCUACUUACGUGAAUGAUCUAUUGAAUGGGCGCAAGAACGAAACCUAUCCUCUUCAGAUGGCUUUCGACGUGGUACAGACAGAUCCAUAUGUGCUCGGGGUCAAAAAUGCACCCCAAAGCGCUGUGAUCAUAUUGUCAGGAACGCAUGAAGCCGACAUCGCAGCUGUAUCUCUGAUAGACAUCUUCGUCGGUGUGCUGCACCAUUCCUCAGACGCAUCUGGACUGCUUGCCGGUUUUGAGGUACAAACUCACGACCUGGCUCUGCUUGCCUGGGAGAGAAUCCGUCGAUUUCCCGCUCCGGGAUCGAAAGGAGCUGCCAGAAGCACUGCACUAACAUGUAGGCUUCUGCAGCUCAGCCACCGGAUAUUGCAAGAUCGCGUCGCAGCACCAUUGCCCCUGUCCAUGGGAGAUGUAUGCUCUCAUAUCGAAAGACUCACCGGCCGGCGGCUUCUCGACGGAUAUUCUCCUACUCUGGAAGAGCUGGACCACAACCUUGGGAUCGUAUGGGAAGUGCUUCCGACCCAAUACAUAAGCCAUCCAACGCAUGCUAUCGACGUCUGCUGGCGAACCGAUUGGUCGGAUGUACAGAAGACUGAAGGCCUUCGAAGUGCUCUGUACUCCUACCUUCUCCGUGCAUUGCCAUUCUGCACCGCUGUCGACCUGAGUCGCCUAAAGGGAAGCUUACCUGAGCAAGAUUCCAUUGCCCUGCUUGCUAGAUUGCGGGCCGCCAUCGAAGUGAAGUUACAAGCGUCACUGUCCCCCUCCGGUACUCUCAGCAGCGUGAAGAAGAGAAAGAGAGACGAGUCCUCCGUCGGUGUGGAAACGUUGGCUUUCCUUAAAGUUUUCGAUAUGGGUGAAUUCGCCAUCAAUGACUUCGAUGAAGAGCAUCGUGUCGUCUUAGUGGACAAUGUUUCCGCUAUGUUUACAAAACCACUUGAGACCUCACCUGAUCAGCGAUAUGCCUUGGCAGAAGCCGUUGCGUGGCUGCCUUGUUUCCUCUGUCAUGACAUUCAUUCCUGUAUUCCCACGUCUGGAACAGAAAAUGCUGCUUCGUCGUUCCUGUCCCUUUACGUGCACGCUUGCUUGCGACUCCUUGCUGGCAAGACUGAAGAUGUUCCCUCCCGGGUCUGGACCAAGCUUCUGCAUGGGAUGCGAAAGGCUGUUCGUCAUUCCAACAUUGACACCUUGUCAUACAGCGAUCAGGAGCUCUUUGGUCUAGUAAAGCGAGCUUUAGAACGCGCAGAAAGGUCUGUGCGUAUCGCAGCAGGCAACGUCAUUGCUGUUGUUCUGGCACGUCAUAUGGAAGUAGACAGCUUUGUUCUUCCCAAAUCCAAUGUGUGGAUCUCUGUUUUGAUCGACAUCGCGAAUGGGCAUGGCAAACCCUCUAUAAGGGAAACCGCCUUAGUGGGUCUGGGCAGUGUGGGAAAAGUGGUCUCUGAAGCCUUGAUCGAAAGGAUUCUCACCUGCCUAAUAUCGCACCUGGCCGAUCAAAAUACAUUAUUGAGAGCACUUGCAUAUACACAGCUGCAAGCUAUCGUGCAAGCCAAAUCCACGACGGCGUACAUGUUGCUGAUGCCUCACAUGUCCCAUGUCUCUGUCAUUCUGGUCGAAAAUCUCCCUGUAGCUCCCAAUAUGCUAUCGGAGGCUUGCCAAUUCAUGGGGCGAUCGCCAACCGACUUUCUCUCUCUGACACUCCAUCAUACGCUACCGCCUCUCUUCGCGGCUGGUCGAAAAGAUGUCCUGCAGAUACUAGCAAGGGACCUCGGCAAAAGCAUUCCGCAGCUAGCUAUGGGUCAUGAAUCCAGAGUCCUUGCUCAGAUAUUUCUUUGCCCUACGGAGGUACAGACGGAUGCCGGGAUCGAGUUCUUGCGUGGGGUUAUAAGUGAAGCAGCAAAGGGUGCUCCCAUCGACUUAACAGGCAUGGUCAAAGGUUGGAUAGUGGAGCUUGUUUCCGAACUCGUCAUAGUCCUGGGCGACCAUGAGGCAAAGAAAUCAAAAAUGGCGAUUGAAGCACUAAAGAAAGUGGAAAAACUUCUCGCUACUCCAGCCAAAGGUCAGCGUCGUGCACCAACGUCUGAUCUCUCGUCGUUCCUCAAAUCGUACAUGCUCGGCAUUAUAUCCCGCUUAAAUGAUAUGCUUCACGAGCUACACGGAAGGAAGCCGGACUCGUUCAAAUGCCAAGUGGUAAGAGGCAUCGGAAGUCUCAUAGAGCUGGUGGGCCCAUCUGUCAGCAGCAUAUCACCCCAGAUCAUGGCAACACUUCAAGGUGCCCUUCCUAAGGAGGCUCUGAGAGAGUCGGUCCUUGCGACAUGGCGAACAUUUAUCACAAGGUUAUCUCCGGACGACAUCGGGCCGUAUAUUGGCCAGACGUCAGCAGCAUUUGUCACCGAGUGGGCAAACUUUUCGAACGUAGAACGCAAUUUAGCCUAUCACACGCUGGAUCACAUAAUAGAGCACGGACAUCAGUUUCCGGAUCACAUCAAGGAUGUGGUUUCCCUUCAGGGAAUACCCGAUCUUCGUGAUUUGGAGCAGCGGCUGGUCCAAGCACAGGCUGAAUGGGAUAUUCAGGCACAUCUGCACAAACUCCUCCAUCGAACUAUGAAUGAGAACUCUGUUGUUGGUCUCCGCGCCCUGGAGGAGCUCAAGACAUUCAUGCUUGCCAACGCUGGGCUCAUCAGUAGUUUAUCGUCGGGUGACACAUUCGACCCUGUUAUCGGCCUCAUGGUCAAUGCCCUUUUGAAGGCUUCUACUCGAGAUGGGGAUUCCAAUGAAGCAACGCGCCACGCUGCGUACGAGUGCUUCGGUAUUUUGGGUGCGAUGGAUCCGGAUCGAUUCGAGUUCUCAUUCCCAGAUGCCACUAUCGUCAUGCUUCGAAACUUCAGUGAUGAAGACGAGAACAUCAAAUUUGUUUUAUACCUUCUGCAGGAUCUGCUUGUUGGCGCCUAUCGUUCUACCAGUGAUACAAAGUAUCAAAGUCACCUAGCAUUUGCUAUUCAAGAACUCCUGAAAAUUUGUCACUUCGGACCGGACUUGGUCAUAUCCGGUGCUCAGUCCGCUAUUUCCGGCCCAAUUCGAGGAAGGUGGAAUAGCUUGCCCAAAUACGUUCUCGAGACGGUGACUCCGCUCCUCGAAGGUCGUUUCAGCUUGGAGAAUAGGUCGUCUGAUCCCCAAAUUCGACAUCCGGUGUAUCCCAACGCACCAACGUACAGAGAAUGGAUACAAGUCUGGACUACCCACUUGAUAUCGCGGAUUUCUGCCCCUGAGGCUAAAAAGAUUUUCGCGGUUUUCCGAUCUGCUGUACGGAAUCAGGAUGUAGGGGUGGCUCAUCGGCUGCUGCCCCAUAUUGUGUUGAACAUCUUACUCACUGGGCAUGAUUCGGAUCGCGAUAGAGUCCGUGAGGAAAUCAUAUCCGUUCUCGAUGAUCAAGUGCAUCCAAAGCUGGGGGUAGCCGCGGACCGCCGAAUGUUAUGUGCUCAGACGAUCUUUUCUCUUAUGGAUCAUAUCAGUAGAUGGAUCAGACUGCUGCGACAAGAUACAAGUCAGCGCCGAGCUGAAUCAACGCGGCAGCGCCAUGGCGGCCACGUCACUGCUGUCGGCCACGAAGCAGACGAGCAGCUGGCGUGUGUUGAAUCUCUAUUGUCAUCCAUAGAUCCAGAGCUUAUGGCAAGGGCAGCAUUGAACUGCAAGUAUUAUGCAAGAUCGCUGUUGAGUUUCGAACAACGAAUCGUGGCCCUGAAAGAGAAUGAGAAGAGCAGCAGAGAUCUGCAGCCAUAUUACGAGUGCUUGCACCAAAUCUAUGCAGAACUGGACGAACCCGAUGGCAUGGCAGGAAUAUCUACAAUGGUCCUCUCUCCAUCUCUGGAGCAUCAGAUUCGAGAACAUGAAGCUGUCGGAAAUUGGACUUCCGCGCAGAGCUGCUGGGAAGUAAAAUUGCAAAGUGCACCCGAUGAUCUUGCCUCCCACAUCGGAUUACUUCGUUGUCUGCGCAACUUGGGUCAUUAUGAUACAUUACGUACUCACGUGAAAGGGGUUCUCAGUCGCAUCCCUGAUUGGACGAGUGCAUUGGCAGGCUUUCAAAUAGAAGGUGCCUGGAUAGUUGGUGAUUGGUUGGACGUCAAGGCACUGUCAGAAACAGCUUGCGACUCUUCCGAGCUGUAUGUGGCACGACUUCUCCUGGCAAUUCAAAUGGAUGAUCAACCAGGCAUAUUGUCGGCUUUAUCAUCAGCACGCGAAUACUUAGGCGACCAUAUCCUGUCUGCAGGCCGACAGUCGUAUCGAGGUUCCUACGACGUUGUUAUCGGGUUGCAUGUCUUGCAAGAACUAGAUAUGAUCUGUAUAACUGGAGAACAUAGCCGCUCUGCGACGUUGCGAUCUGCCCUUGGUAUGGCCGAUUUAUCCACACGGCUUGCAAAACGAUUCGAUUCGAUUCUUCCCACCUUCCGUGCCAGGGAACCUAUUCAAAGCAUGCGAAGAACCGCGUUCGCGCUGAAAAAAACGACUCAACCUAGUCUUGCCGUCGAGAUUGGAAAAUCCUGGCUCACUACCGCACGCAUCGCAAGGAAAGCAGGAUAUCUCCAGACAGCAUACAGUGCCACUUUGCAAGCGCAGAAAUACAACGCACCAUUCGCUUUCAUCCAGACAUCCAAGUUGCUUCGAGUCAAUGGAGAACCUGUACGUGCGUUGCAGGACUUAGAGAAUGCUAUGGAGAUCUACAAGAAUGUUUCGACUGGUCCUCCCAAUGAACGCAUCAGCACCGCUGAUCCAGAGACCACCACCUUAGCUAAGGCCUUUUCAUUGCAGGCCAGGUGGAUGGUUGAAGCAGAUCGUUUCACCGUCACCGAAAUCGCCAAUAAAUUUAGUGAAGCAUCCAAGCAAGCGCAGAGACUCGAAUCACCAUACUUCCACGUAGGGCAUUUCUGGGAUGAAACUUAUACUCAAUUCUCCGCGGACGACAAGCUGAAAAACUCUCAUUUCCCUUUCAACACUUGCAAAGCAUAUGGCAAAGCGCUCUCCUAUGGAUCCAAGUAUAUCUAUCAGACAAUGCCUCGGAUGUUGAGUUUGUGGCUCGACCUAGCAGAUCAAGAUAGAUCGAAUGCUAUGGGACGGCUGGGCGAAUCAACGCAGCAGAUAGUCUUGUCCACCCGAGAAAAAAUCACUGAAAUGAUUGACAAAAUCCAUCGGAGGUUGCCAGCUUGGCAGUGGCUCACCGCCUUUCCACAACUGAUCUCUCGAAUUAUUCACCCUAGCUCAAGCGUGUUCCAAGUGCUGUUGAAGAUUAUGGCAGGCGUCCUAGUGACAUACCCGCAGCAGGCACUGUGGCUGUUGACAUCGGCGUCCAAAUCCAAAAGAGAAGAGCGUGCUCAGAGAUGUAAAGCCGUAUACAGCCGCGCCCAGGCUGCACCUGGUCCCAGCCGAGACCAUGUUGGUAAACUCAUCGCAGAAUCCAUUAAAAUGACAACAGAGCUGCUCAACCUCGCUGAUUACAACCUUGGCGAUAACGUGUACACUAUGUCGAUAAGCCGCCAGUGCCGCGAACUGCGCAAGAUAACUCCAUCGCAUCUCAUUCUCCCGUUGCAAGAAUCUAUGACGGUAACGUUACCGCCUGCGUCAGCUGAUCAGGAUCAACACAAACCAUUCCCCCAUCAAGCCCCUAUCAUUCAUGAAUUCCUCGAUGAGGUUGAAGUUAUGAAAUCUCUAGCCAAGCCACGGAAGCUCACCAUUAAAGCGAAUGACGGUCGUACCUACUGGUUCCUUUGUAAGCCGAAGGAUGAUCUGCGAAAGGAUGCUCGCUUGAUGGACUUCAACUCAAUGAUAAACAAGCUUUUGAAGAAAGAUUCGGAGUCUAGGCGGAGAAAGCUUCAUAUCCGCACUUACGGUGUAAUUCCUCUGAACGAAGAGUGUGGUUUGCUGGAAUGGGUGCCCAACACGACUGGUCUUCGACAUAUCCUCGCUAAAUCCUACGAGGCACGGAAGAUGAAGAUUUACAACAACGAUAUUGCCACGAUGCUAGAUAAAGAGCGGUAUAAUGGCAAACCUGGCAUCAUGUUUGAGAAGCAGCUACUGCCCAUGUUCCCACCUGUGUUUCACGAAUGGUUUUUAGCUAUGUUCCCUGAACCGACUGCAUGGCUGAACAGCCGACUAUCUUACGGGCGGACAGCUGCAGUUAUGUCCAUGGUCGGCUAUGUUCUAGGGUUGGGUGAUCGACACGGAGAGAAUAUUUUAUUCGAUUCAACAAACGGUGACGCAGUUCACGUCGAUUUCAACUGCCUUUUCGAAAAAGGUACAACCCUUGAAGUACCCGAAAGAGUGCCAUUCAGGCUCACCCAGAACAUGGUGGACGGCUUGGGAGUCACAGGCGUAGAAGGUGUGUUUCGGAUCGCUUGUGAACUGACUAUGGGCAUCCUGCGCAAUCACAAGGAUUCGUUGAUGAGCGUUCUCGAGGCGUUUGUGCACGAUCCUUUGUCAGAGUUUGAGGAAGAGAAGCGACGCCAGGAUCAGCAAGCCAAACAAGGUCGCUCCAGGCGUGGUGCAAAUGUCAGUGCGGCGACCACUGCCGAUGGCAGAGCGAUGCAGCUUCGCGAUUAUGCACUUAAAUCGCUCCUUCCAAUCGAGAGCAAACUGAAGGGGGUGUACAGCUCAAAGCAAAUGACUACCCGUAAUCAAGUAGAUGUCCUCAUCCGGGAAGCCACGGAUCCCACAAACCUGGGCAUGAUGUAUGUAGGAUGGGCAGCGUGGCUGUAGCUGUGUGACAGAUACAAUGAGAUGGUGGCCUGUUGGAGUACAAAUACACUAUAGUAUACAGGCCGCAACCUAAUGAAAGGACUAGACGGCGAGCUCCACUUUACGCCGUUCUACUUCCCUUUGCCUGUCAUCCAUCAACUGUUUGUACUUCAUCACCUUCU